GUAUUGAUUCAGUCCACAGCGUGUCAAACGUUGCCGUUCUUAAAAUUAACCUGUGGACAUAUAAUUGUAACCUGAAAAUUUUUUUUCAAGCUUUAAAGUUUUACCAGGUCCAAAACUACAAUCGGUUCUAAAUAUUUUGUUACUUGUUUUGUUUUGUUUUCUAUUAGUAAACAUGGACAUGGACGAUUUGAUUGAUUUACGUAUUGAACGUGAUUUGGAUGAAGACGAAGAAUCAUCUGACAAUUCUUCAGACCAGAAAACAUAAACUGAAAUAACUUUGUUGUGAUACCUACAAGUUCUUUGAAGAUUUCGUUUUGACAUUCAAGUUUCAUCUUUUGCUCUUCUGGCUGUUAUACGAACUUUUGUGUAACUAUAUAUUGACGUGACUGUGAACUGUGUAAAUGUGCUUUUUGUAAAGACUUAUGGCUAAAUUCCUCCUAAAACUGCUCAAAAAGAAAAAAGAUUGUAGUGAAGGGGGAGGUCAUUCUUCAACAGAAACACCAAGACAGCCUGGACCUAAUGUCUCUUAUGACACAUCUCUACCUGCUUUACAUUCUUACCUUGGAACAGAUUUGGAAGAGUUAAGUGGUCGUACUGUUUUAGAUGAUGACAGUUGUCAAACUAUUCCUCUCCUGGCUUUACCAGGAGUUGUACUCAUACCUGGUCAAACAUUGCCACUUCAACUCUUCAAUCCUUCUACUAUAGAAAUGAUGAUCCAUGUUAUCAAUUCUGAUCGGACAUUUGGAUUAAUAAAUUCUAGAUUUUCAGGUAGAACAUACAGUAGUGUGUUGGCUGGUGUCGGAACAACUGCUGAAAUUCGUUCAUACCGAGAUGAAGAAGGAAGUUAUGGAAGAACUGGGCUUCGUAUAAAAGCUGAAGGGAGACAAAGAUUUGAAGUUCUAGACUCUAGGAGACAGUCAGAUGGGGUUAUUAUUGGAAAAGUGCGUAUUUUACCUGAACUUAGCUUGAGCAAUAUUGGAGAAGGCUCAAGACUGAAUAGUUUAGAUAAAUUUAAAACCACUUCAUCCGUUAAUUAUCUGUCUAGAAAGGAAACACCAUACAGUUGCCCUCUUGUACACCGAACACCUUUUAAAAAUAAUAAGUAUGAUUUUGCAAAUUACACACCUUUUCCAGAAUUUGUUUACAAAAUGUAUGAUGCGCAAGUAAUUAUGAAGAAAAUUAGAUCUUUGCUUGAAAGUUGGAAUCGAGCUCUUAGAGGAAUCAACUUGCCCAAUAAUCCUAUCGAGUUUUCCUACUGGGUUGCGGCCAACAUUCCUUUAGACGAUUUUCAACGUUUGGAGUUAAUCAAAAUAAAUGAAGUGACUCAGAGAUUGAGGCUUGAACUCAAAAUUCUGGAAACUUGUUCAGUCCUGAGCUGCAGGGAUUGCCUGAAAGAUAUCGCAAAAAGGGAGGACAUAUUCAGCAUGUCAUUGCAAGGCCCGCAAGGCACUUAUGUCAAUCCCAAUGGAUAUGUCCAUGAGGCUGUAACUGUUUCACAUGCAUCUGGUCUGCAAACGAUUGGUCGACCAUCUACGGAACAAAGCUGGUUUCCUGGUUAUGCAUGGACGAUUGUUGAGUGUGAACAGUGUCAUUGUCAUAUGGGUUGGAAGUUUACGGCUACCGACAAAAGUUUUAAGCCCACCAAGUUUUAUGGACUUUGUCGAUCAUCAAUAAUAAACAGGCUGACUUCAUCUGAAGAGGUUGUAGAUCCUUUAAACCUCUAUCACUAAUAAUGCAAAAAAGGUUUUAUGGACUUUGCCGAUCAUCAAUAAUAAACAGGCUGACUUCAUUCGAAGAGGUGGUAUAUCCUUUAAACCUGUAUCACUAACAAUGCAAAAAGGGAGUCUCACGCUUGUCAUUAUCAUUUGUGUAUAUUAGUUUUUGUAAAUAAUAUGGGAAAAGAUAUUUUAGUGUUAUUUGGAAUUUUUGUUUUGAUCACUACACAUUUGAAUUGUGUUAUUCUAUCAUACUGUUUAUAUCUUGUGUAGCAUAAUCAUUAAGAAAAUAAAUGUGAUAUAUUUAUUUCAA